AUGGACCCCGUUGACACGUUGAAAGCCAACGACGAUUUGGAAAAUGGAUCGCUUAACGAUGAUAUUGAAAUAUGCCCUCACCUUAAGGAGGCAGUAAAAAUACAAAAACUCAAAAAAAUCAUCAAAAAAGCUAAUCUAGCGAACACGCAGUGUGAGGAAUGUGUGCGGCAAGCUGAAGAUACUCAGGAAACACCAGAUCUCACAGAUGGCGACAAUAUUACCUCUGAAAAGGAAACAGUACAACCACAAAUAUGGCUCUGUCUCGCUUGUGCUCCAGUUCAUGAAUCAAAUGUAUCGACAAAAAACGACAUGAAAACUCGCUACCAAACUGCCGCUCCCGGAUUGGAAAACCUUGGAAACACUUGUUUUUUUAAUUCAGUUAUGCAGGUCGUGGUAGCGACUUCGAUUUUGCGUGAUAUCCUCCAACCUGACAAUCCAUAUAAAAAAUAUCCUUUCAUAAAAGCUGAACGGUGCCCUGCAGCUAAAGAGGAUGAAUAUGUGGGUCCGUUAACUGAUGCGUUUAAAAAAUUCUUGAAAGUCAUGUGGGCACAACAAGGAGGAAUUGUUACUCCUCGCGAUUUGUUCACCGAAAUAGCAAGAAAAUGGAAAGAGUUUCGUGGGUGGAGACAACAAGAUAGCCAAGAACUCAUGCGUUUAAUGUUUGAUAGUAUUAAGAGUGAAGAGUUUGAGGCAUCUUAUUCAUAUGAAAAGUUUUUGGACGUAUCAUUGCCGAUACAAUCUCCCUUCGGUGAUGAUCAAAAUAAAGGAUCCAAGCAGACCAUUAGUAAUUAUUUAUCGAGAAGUCGAAGUAAUGACAACACGUCUCCACAAGAAUCACAUACAGACGAUUCUUCUCGAAGCGGUGAUGAUGACUCGAGCGAUGAUGGCUCCAAAGAAAAUGGUGAAUUCGAAGAUAGUAAUAGGGACGAUGAUUCUGAAAAUGGAAUAGGAAUUGCGAAAAUUUCAAAAGAUCGAAGGAAGCGAAUAAAGAUGCUUCUCAGGGAACCAAUAAGGUCUGUUCGGUCCACACCAAAUUCAACCAGGGAUAUAACUCUUGUCGAUUGCCUUGCAAGUUUCGUGAAAGUCGAGACUUUGGAUGGAGAAAAUCUUUUUGCGUGCGAAAACUGUUGGAAAUCACAAAAUCCUUCAGAAGAACCAAGUAGUAAUGGUACGGAUGGAGAUUCUGUGGUGGAAGAACAAUCGAAUGAAUUGAAUGACAUUAGUGUUGAAAAGAAUGACCAAGUUGAAAAUAAUGUAGAAACUCAUGAUUUAUUGAGAACACAGUUGGAAGAUGACGAUAUUUUUACUGCAGCAGUGGUGGAUGAUGCAGUUUAUUCAGAAACUACACCUAAUGACGUGGCCGAUACAACCAUGGCUGAUGAUUCACAACCAUCCGAACCUGUACCAAUGUCGCUCUCUUCAGAUGACCCGAAUUCGUCAUCAGAAACUACACCCGAGUCUUCAUCCAAUGCACCAAUAAUUACUUAUCCAGAUAACUGUCUAUCAUCUGAAACUACACCUGAAUCUUCGUCCUCUGUACAUACUAUGAUGAAUGAUGCACCGCUAUUGUCAGAAACUACUAAUGAUUUACCAUUAGAUGAACGUUCUUCAGACGUUAGUGAAGAUUCAAAUGACCAAACAGCCGAUCAACCUAGUUCAACGAAUUAUACUAAUAAUGACCCUGACUCGCUCUCUGUUGAUAAUACAAUCCCAUCCGCAAUAACUUCAUCUUCGAAGCCUUUAAAGAAGGAAUCAAAGCCUCAGCCUCAAAAAUACAUCUUUAGAAAAGCUUAUAAACCUCCAGUUCAUGAAUCAAAUGUAUCGACAAAAAACGACAUGAAAACUCGCUACCAAACUGCCGCUCCCGGAUUGGAAAACCUUGGAAACACUUGUUUUUUUAAUUCAGUUAUGCAGGUCGUGGUAGCGACUUCGAUUUUGCGUGAUAUCCUCCAACCUGACAAUCCAUAUAAAAAAUAUCCUUUCAUAAAAGCUGAACGGUGCCCUGCAGCUAAAGAGGAUGAAUAUGUGGGUCCGUUAACUGAUGCGUUUAAAAAAUUCUUGAAAGUCAUGUGGGCACAACAAGGAGGAAUUGUUACUCCUCGCGAUUUGUUCACCGAAAUAGCAAGAAAAUGGAAAGAGUUUCGUGGGUGGAGACAACAAGAUAGCCAAGAACUCAUGCGUUUAAUGUUUGAUAGUAUUAAGAGUGAAGAGUUUGAGGCAUCUUAUUCAUAUGAAAAGUUUUUGGACGUAUCAUUGCCGAUACAAUCUCCCUUCGGUGAUGAUCAAAAUAAAGGAUCCAAGCAGACCAUUAGUAAUUAUUUAUCGAGAAGUCGAAGUAAUGACAACACGUCUCCACAAGAAUCACAUACAGACGAUUCUUCUCGAAGCGGUGAUGAUGACUCGAGCGAUGAUGGCUCCAAAGAAAAUGGUGAAUUCGAAGAUAGUAAUAGGGACGAUGAUUCUGAAAAUGGAAUAGGAAUUGCGAAAAUUUCAAAAGAUCGAAGGAAGCGAAUAAAGAUGCUUCUCAGGGAACCAAUAAGGUCUGUUCGGUCCACACCAAAUUCAACCAGGGAUAUAACUCUUGUCGAUUGCCUUGCAAGUUUCGUGAAAGUCGAGACUUUGGAUGGAGAAAAUCUUUUUGCGUGCGAAAACUGUUGGAAAUCACAAAAUCCUUCAGAAGAACCAAGUAGUAAUGGUACGGAUGGAGAUUCUGUGGUGGAAGAACAAUCGAAUGAAUUGAAUGACAUUAGUGUUGAAAAGAAUGACCAAGUUGAAAAUAAUGUAGAAACUCAUGAUUUAUUGAGAACACAGUUGGAAGAUGACGAUAUUUUUACUGCAGCAGUGGUGGAUGAUGCAGUUUAUUCAGAAACUACACCUAAUGACGUGGCCGAUACAACCAUGGCUGAUGAUUCACAACCAUCCGAACCUGUACCAAUGUCGCUCUCUUCAGAUGACCCGAAUUCGUCAUCAGAAACUACACCCGAGUCUUCAUCCAAUGCACCAAUAAUUACUUAUCCAGAUAACUGUCUAUCAUCUGAAACUACACCUGAAUCUUCGUCCUCUGUACAUACUAUGAUGAAUGAUGCACCGCUAUUGUCAGAAACUACUAAUGAUUUACCAUUAGAUGAACGUUCUUCAGACGUUAGUGAAGAUUCAAAUGACCAAACAGCCGAUCAACCUAGUUCAACGAAUUAUACUAAUAAUGACCCUGACUCGCUCUCUGUUGAUAAUACAAUCCCAUCCGCAAUAACUUCAUCUUCGAAGCCUUUAAAGAAGGAAUCAAAGCCUCAGCCUCAAAAAUACAUCUUUAGAAAAGCUUAUAAACGUUAUCUAUUUGACUCUUUGCCCCCAGUGUUAGUUUUUCAUUUGAAACGUUUCCAGCAAGUUGAAGGUCGAUUUUCCGUCAGCACAAGAAAGAUUGACGAUUUUGUAGGUUUUGAAGAAGAAAUUGAUGUUCGGGAUUUUGUUGUUCCACCCGAAAGUGAAGAAAUGGAAGAUGAAGAUGACGAGAGUGGAUCUGAAUCCUCAGCUGAAUCACGUAUCACUAAAUAUCGGCUUUAUGGAGUCGUGGUACAUUUAGGAAGUCUUUUUAAUGGACACUACAUUGCUUACGUUCUUUCAAGGAAUAUCGUUCCGAUGAGGGAACAAUAUGGUUUUCCGUAUCUCUCCGAAGAUGGUUAUAAAGAAGUCGAAAAGAUAACGGAGACAGUGGGUGAAAGGCAAAGGCAAUGGAUUUAUUGUAGUGAUAGUUCAGUUCGUGCAGUAAAUGUUGAAGAAGUUCUUAAAAGUAUGGCUUAUCUUUUAUUUUAUGAGCAAGUUCAAUAA